AUUACAUCUAUUCAAUAGAAGGGUGACAUGGACAUCUCCACAAUUUCAUGGAAGUUUGUGUUCCCAGACACCCGAGAUGACCUGCUGGUGUCUGAGACUGGGCGGAUGUCUGUUUCUAAAGUGGUUCCAGUGCACAACAUUUCCACUAAUCUGGAGAGCGCAAGAGAGUCAGUUAAGAAGAGGAGUCGGUGGGGGUGGUGGAGUAUCCAGCACUUUGAUACCUUCUUCAGUGUCAUUUUGAAAUUCAGUUCAUUGGACAACUCACUUAAAGAGGAGGCGUGGAGGACAGCUGUGUUAGGGGUUGAGCAACACACUGAAACUCUAGCUAGGAUAUUCAGUAAUGAAAGACUUGAUUCCCAAGAUAAACUAGCUCACUUGAAUGCUCUCCAGAUGGAGGUCUACAUUCUCGUUGAGUUAUACCAGUGUUUUGAGGAGGAAGGGAAGUCAUCUCAUCAAAUAGUCACUACAAAGAAAGGGAAAGGAAAGAAAAACAGAGAAGAUAUUGGUACUUGUUGGGGUAGUGGAGAAAGACAGGAAGGUCUGCACGCUUUGCGACAGCUGCUCGACUUGAACCUAGCCCUGCUGUGGGAUCCCCCUGUUGUACACGAGACCUUCGUUGAGCAGGUCGCAAGCUGCUGCUACAAGCUUUUGGAGAACUCUGAGGUGCUGAAGUGUAAGAAAACACUUGAGUUUAUCUUCCACGUUCUCGGAAUCCUCAUCAAACGAUACAAUCACUGUCUAGGUGCAUGUAUGAAAAUAGUCCAACUCCUACAACAGCAUGAUACCCUCUCCACACCCUUCGCCUCCCUAAUGUUAGUCUGUGUCCGUGACUACGACGUGAAAACAGUGGUUGCCCAAGUAAUCCGAGAGAUAGCGCAGAUAGAGCCCGGCGAACUGGCACGUGAUACAAACGCUACCCGCAACUAUUGUAACUUCAUGUUGGAGGUAGGAGCCACUUGUGGACCAGUGGUUCUCAGUGCUAUCAGCUCUCUGAUGCCCCAUCUGGACGGAGAUUCGUACACUAUGAGGAACUGUGUGUUGACUAUCAUCGGGGAUCUAAUCGGUGGUGUUCUGUCGGGCGAAGCAAACGAGGAGAAGGAUACUAGAGAGACUCUCUUCGAUAGGUUGGAACUGCAUAUACACGACCAAAACGCAUUUGUCCGGAGCAAGUCAAUCCAGAUCCUGACUAAGCUGAUAGAACAGCGCUGUGUGCCCAUCCCCCGACAACAGGACCUAGUGGAGAAAGUGGUCGGGUCCAUUCAGGACAAGAGUAGCAAUGUGAGGAAAAACGCCCUGGUUUUUAUUAACACGUACUUGGGAUGCAAUCCUUACUCUGACAAACUAUCCCUGGACAAUCUGAUGGAGAAAUUAAAAGUAGAGGUGGAGAAGUUGAAAGUGUUGAAGGAAGAACUGCCUCAACAAUCCACCAGUACCCAGGAAUCAGAGGAGUCAGAACCCUCAGCUCAGACUGACGAAGCAAUGGAGACGGACCUUGACCCUGAAACUGCUAAGAAACUGGAGACGAUACAAAAGCAGGACCUGAUAGUGCAGUACCUGAGGGAUUGUGUGCUGUUUACCGAGCAGAUGCACCGAGUUAUUGUGCUGGUUUCUCAGCUGCUCGCCAGCAAGAGUGCUUCCGAUAUUCUGGAGAGUAUCGACUUUCUAAUUUCCGCGUUUGAGUUUGGACUGAAGGCAGCGGAGUUGGGGGUCAGGAAGAUGCUGGUCCUUGUCUUCAAUCCUGAUCGGAAUGUGAAAGAUGCGGUAGUGAACGCUUACAUCAGACUUUACAUCAAACCUGUAUCCGGAAAGAAGCCUGGUCCAGAAGCAGUGGCGAAGAACCUUAUGAACAUGACUUACGGUAGCACUAUUGGGGAACUGAUGUCGUUGAAAGAGCUGGUCAAGUUACUGAUCGAGAAGGAGCACGUCAGUCCUAGAGCUAUCAAGGUCCUACUUGAUCUUCUGGUUGACAAAACAGAAGGGGUACAACCACACGAGCUGAACGCUGCAACCAUGAUUCUCUCAAUGGUGGCAAGUGUGGACCACACGUUGGUGACCCAGAACAUGAACCUCCUGAUAACUGCUGGGUUCACUGGUGAUAUAGAGCUGGCUAAGAACACAUGUGUUCUGCUUCAACAGGGCGUACCUGCUAAGAAACAGGAUGCCCAAGAUUUCACCCGACUGGAAGAGACUCACCGUCUGGUCAGCACCAUCUCAGAUAAACUCCUGCAAACAUUUGACACCCCCGCCGUAGACUGGAUAGGGUUCUCAAACGAGGCCGUAAAGGCCCUGUUUUGUCUGUGCGAAUUACCGGACUCUAUUAUCACGGAGAUACUCAACAAGCUGCUUCUCAAGACAUUUCCAGCAAAGGGAGGUGAUCUGCUGGAUAACAUGGAGGAUGAUACCCCCGCCUUCAAUCCUCUAGCGGGUCUGCACAUGUAUCGUCUGCUAAGUCUCCUAGGACAGACGGCUCUCUCCACCCUGGUACAUCUUGAUACUAGGGUCCUGAACGAACUGAAACACAGAUCUACUGUCCGACAACAGAUCGAGGAGAGUAGACGUGAGAAGAAGCUAAAUAACAGAGGAAACAAGACUCUGAAUGACAGUGCAGUAGAUGCUGCUGAGGACGAACUGGGUCUACAGGGGGCUACUGCAGAUGACGCUGAGGCUGAGCAUGUCAGACAGGUUCUAGAACGGGAGAUAGUGACAGGACCAGGGUACCUGGCCCGCUUUACACCCCUCCUCAAGCACAUCUGCUCCUCACCCCAACUCUACCCCUGUCUCCGGAUCCAGAACGCGGCUGUGCUCGCUCUCUGCAAGUUCAUGUUGGUCAGUUCUGCUCUGUGUGAGGAUAAUAUUCAGCUUCUUUUUACUCUGCUGGAGAAGAGUAGCGAUGAGAAGACGAGGUGUAACAUCAUGAUACUUCUACACGAUCUUAUCAUCAGAUUCCCCAAUCUCCUGGUUAACUGGACCGGUAAAAUAUAUGCUCGUUUGAGUGACGUAUCAGUCAAAGUCCGCUCCACAACAAUCCGCGUUCUGACCAAUCUCAUCCUAAACGACAUGGUGAAAGUGAAGGGGAAUAUCUCAGAGCUAGCUGGCUGUCUUGAGGACGAAGAUCCCAAGAUCCGUUCUCUCACCAAGAUGUUCUUCACGGAGCUCAGCAAGAAGUCUAAUGCUAUCUACAAUGUGAUGGCGGAUAUAAUCUCCCAUCUGUCUGAUCCCGAGACGGGAAGGAGUAAGGAUCAGUUCCAGAGUAUCAUGAAAUACUUGUUCGAGUUUAUUGAUAAGGACAAGCAGGCGGAGUCCCUCGUCGAAAAGCUUUGUCAUAGGUUCCGAGCUACAAGAUGUGACAGACAAUGGCACGAUCUCUCCUUCUGCCUGUCUCUGCUCUCAUACAGCGAAAAGAGUCUUAAAAAACUUCUGGACAACAUCGCUUGUUACCACGACAAACUAUCAGACUCAGAAGUUUACGGGAACUUCACUGUGAUCGUAGAGAAAGCCAGGAAGAAUGUUAAAUCUGAAGACCUGCUGAAUGAUUUCGAGACAAAGCUAAGGUUCUGUCAUGAUAAGGGUGGAGGAGACGGGAGUGCGGGGACUGACGAGAUACUCUCUCAGAUGAAGGAAAUGAUAAUAAAACCCCCUCCACCUCCCACCAAACAGACUAGAAGUCGUGCCAAAAAGAAGAAGGAGAGCUCCAGUGAAGGGGAGGAGGACGUUGAACCUGUAAAUAGAACCAAGAGACCUCCCACAAGGGGUAUAAGUAAACGAAAACCACCUCCUUCAUCCGAGGAGAGUGACGAUGACUUGGAGUUACCCAACAUUCAUAACAGUGCCGAGAGUACCGGAGACGAUUCGGAAGAUUUUGAGGUAUCAAUUAAAGGCUCAGGAAGAGCGGGAAGGAAGAAAGCUCCUGCUCCUGCCAAGAGCAAGAGUAAACCUGUAACAUCAGGUCGUAGGACUAGGCGUUCGCGUUGAGGUUAGAGUAACGAGCUGUUCGUCGUACGACUGAUCAUCCGAUACUUUUUGAACUCAUUUUAAUAACUCCUAGAAACAAUUUUCAAGGCAUCUCAUUUCUAAUUGCUGAGUUUUACGAUUUUCAUACUUUUCAAACAGUUUUCCUAGUAUUAAGUUUUCGUUGCUAUAAUUCUAAAAUUUGAUCUUUUUUCAAAUUGUCAAUUUUAUGUUCAAUUCUUAAUCCUGUUUUGCUGAUAUAUAUAUAAGUGUCUUGUUCUCUUCUAAAAAUCACAAACAUUAAACAAUUUUAUAUAAAUAUGAAACGCAGCUCCUCGGCGACU